AUGGCUGCCGGCCUCCAAGCCAUAUUGGCAGCACAGCAAGUGUUUCAUGUGCGUCCAAAAAACCCAAACGUGUGGUGCACAAAAAGCCACCAACAACCAAAACCAAACAAACACAACAAACAACAACCAAACCGUCCCCUGGACUUAGGACCCCCACCCCCCCCCCUGCUUCCAGAGGCAAGUCCGGGGGGGGGAUGCAACCUAACAUCCGGACCGGGCCAACUAAUCCUUCCUCCCUGUCUUCGAAGUGAGGGUUUUCCCACUCCCAUUCUCUCUCCCCUCGAACAAGAGUCCCUCUCGCUUAGGCCUCCCCCUCCUCUCCUCAAAUCUAUCCUCUAG